AUGUCCAUAUUUUCCCGAAUAUCGAACCUCUCCUCGAGGAUGAGAAGUUAUCCUGAUAACCUGGACAUGAUAGAGCCCAAUUUGUACCUGAGCGGUGAGGCCGAAGCGAGGAACGUUGAAACGCUGAAAAAGUUCAAAAUCACCCACAUCUUGACUAUAAACGAUUAUCCUUUAACAUCAACCGUUAAGGAAGCGCUUCCUUAUCUUCAAAUGAAAUACAUAAGGCUAUCGGACAUUACUACCUCCGACUUGAUGGCGUACUUUGACGAAACCUACGAAUUUAUCAGAGAAGGGGUCACCCGAGGAGCGGUGCUCGUGCAUUGCCAAAUGGGGGUGUCCCGAAGCGCCACGAUCGUCAUUGCUUACUUGAUGAAGAAGUACAACAUCAGCUUUCGCGAGGCUUUGGAUAGAGUCAAAAUGAAGAGAUGCGUUUUUCCCAAUCAAGGAUUCAUCGCCCAGUUGGAAAAUUACAGGAUUAUGGGCUGUUCGACGAUGAGACGGUACGAACCGAAAUCCAGUAGAUACUAUAUGAGAUGA